AUGGCGAUUGACCCAAGAGACCCAGACGGCGACUCUACAAUGACCUCUUCCGUCGAGUCCAUCCGCCCCGACGACGGUACUAGAAGUGGCGCCCGCACUCCGACCGGCACCGGCCAAGCUUCCUCAGCUGGCGCUGAUGUAUCGGAGCUUUCUCCCCCUGGCUCCCAGACAAAGCAAGAAGCUGGUGCUUAUGUCGGUGACAUUGCAACUGCGCUGGAACAGCGCGGGGUCCAGUCUGCGGAGAAGACUGCCGACUCCAAUAUUGCGGCGUGGAAGAGCAAGCGCGCGCAAGAGGAUUAUCAGCGUGCGAUGGAGUUUGUCGUUGACAAGGAUUUUAAGCUAGAUGAAUUUGGGGAUCCUUUUGAUGAACGUGACUUGGAGGAGAAGCUGCUAUGA